AUGUACGGCAAAGGCAAGAGCAACAGCAGCGUCCCGUCCGACAGCCAGGCCAGGGAGAAAUUAGCACUGUAUGUAUAUGAAUAUCUGCUCCAUGUAGGAGCACAGAAAUCAGCCCAGACGUUUUUAUCAGAGAUAAGAUGGGAAAAAAACAUCACACUGGGGGAGCCCCCAGGAUUCUUGCAUUCCUGGUGGUGUGUAUUUUGGGAUCUCUACUGUGCAGCUCCAGAAAGACGAGAAACAUGUGAACAUUCAAGUGAAGCAAAAGCCUUUCAUGACUAUAGUGCUGCAGCAGCUCCCAGCCCAGUGCUAGGAAACAUUCCCCCAGGAGAUGGCAUGCCAGUAGGUCCUGUACCACCGGGUUUUUUUCAGCCUUUCAUGUCCCCUCGGUACCCUGGAGGUCCAAGGCCACCUUUAAGAAUACCGAAUCAGGCACUCGGAGGUGUCCCAGGAAGUCAGCCAUUAUUGCCUAGCGGGAUGGACCCAACACGGCAGCAAGGGCAUCCAAACAUGGGUGGGCCAAUGCAGAGAAUGACUCCUCCAAGAGGAAUGGUUCCGUUAGGACCACAGUCUGACCCUUGGUUAUCAUUGCAGAACUAUGGAGGUGCAAUGAGACCCCCACUGAAUGCUUUAGGUGGCCCGGGGAUGCCUGGAAUGAACAUGGGUCCUGGGGGUGGUAGACCUUGGCCAAACCCAACCAAUGCCAAUUCUAUACCUUAUUCUUCAGCAUCUCCUGGGAACUAUGUAGGUCCUCCAGGAGGUGGAGGGCCACCAGGAACACCUAUCAUGCCUAGUCCUGCAGAUUCAACCAACUCUGGAGACAACAUGUACACUUUAAUGAAUGCAGUACCACCUGGACCCAACAGACCUAAUUUUCCAAUGGGGCCAGGGUCAGAUGGACCUAUGAGUGGACUGGGUGGAAUGGAUUCACAUCACAUGAAUGGAUCAUUAGGCUCAGGAGACAUGGACAGUAUUUCCAAAAACUCUCCCAGUAAUAUGAGCAUGAGUAAUCAGCCUGGCACUCCCAGGGAUGACGGUGAGAUGGGUGGAAACUUCCUAAACCCUUUUCAGAGUGAGAGCUACUCCCCUAGCAUGACAAUGAGUGUGUGAUCCGUUAACAAGUCUCGCCAUGAAGACCACAGUGAGUUGGCCCUCUUCAGAGAGCUACUGCAGAAGAAAAUUAUUCAUCCCAGUGUACAGUUUAACAAAAGGAUCUCAGACACAAUCAGACCCACCACUUUUUUUUCUACCAUCUCCCCCGUUUUGUCAAGAAAGUGGGUCCCAAACAUGAUUGAGACAACUGUAAAGAGUGGCGUAACAGAACUGCCCAAGAUGGAACUGCAAACAAUUAUCUGUGUAUGUACAUGUGUGGGUUAAUGUAUAUGUAUGUGUGUGUGAUAUAGAAAUACACACAUACAUAUAUAGACCCGCAGGACAUUGUAAAAUAUUAUCCCAUGACAUCUUAAGUAGACAUGAGAAGUAGGGACUUUUAUUCCAUCUUUUUUUUUUUCACGUUUACAUUUUAAUUCUUAAAAUUUGCUUUCCCUCUCCCCUCCUGAACUGCUUUAUGUUGCUUAUAUCACUGCUUUAUAAGUUAUUUUUUAAGGUGAACUCAAAUGAUAAAUUCUUCUGAUUUUGUAAAUGCCUGCCAUUAUGGAUAGGAAUAAAAUUGCUUAUAAGAGCUUUCAUUAACUUGUGUUUGAUACCAGUUACCCUGUGAAUCACAAACUGUACUGUCUCAAGAAAUAGAAGAAAGCUCAUCUUAAUUUUUUGGAGAAAUUUAAUAAUUUUCACCUAGUUUGGGGAUUUUUUUUAUACUUUGCCUUUAAAAAAAGAAGCACUGAAGGUUAUUUUUCUUCUUUAAUUGAAGCCUAAUAUCUGCAAUAUCUAUUUUAAAUGGAAGCCUGAAUUUGAUACAAGCUUCUCAGUUUAUAUAGAGUACUAUAAGAUUACUGUAAGUGAGCUCCAAUUGCUAUAGAAUCUAGCAAUAAAGUGUCAGGGCUUCUUCUGCCCUUGGAAAUGAGUUUUCUGUUUAGCAUGAUCUUCCGUAGGGGUGGUAGUUAGUGAAAAUACAGUAGAGUCCUUAUCACCGAAACCUUUUCUAACAUUUUACUAUUAUGGUUCCCAUUUUCAGUGAUUCUCAACCGAAUUGUAACCAUCCAUGGUCCUAAUUAUAAACAGUGUUUCCCAAGCCCAUUCAGAAUAUCAGGUCACCCUGCUACUUGGGUGUGUAUUUUUCACCAUGUCUGCCAGAAUUAAUUCCCCCAAAACUUUCCAGUAAGCAGUCUUUUUUUUUUUUGAGCCAAAAUGAUGGAGUAAACUUUUUGACUACUAGCCUUGUGAGGGUCUUCCCUUUUGCCAUGAACAGAAGAGGAACACAGGUCUGGGCCAUUUUAUAAGGAGGUCAGCCUAUUAGACAUGAAAGCUGGGGACAGAAUGGAGAAAAGGCAUAUGGUCUUAAAGGAAAUGCUUCUGGAAGCAAUCCCAUGUCUCUUCAGGCAAAGCUCUAAAACCAAGAUUAUGGUAUAUUUAGUUCCUAAUGACUUCCAGCUCCCCCAAGAAAACAAAAGUUUUCAGUUGUGUAGUGAUCAAAAGGUUGGUGAUCAGCAAUGCAGGCACAAAGUGGCUAAACAAAAAUUCAUGCCACAGACAAAAAGCAAAGUCCCCUCCUUGGACUUUGCAUGUAGAAGUGGAGCAGUUCUGAGAUGUAUGUCCAUGAAGUCUUGCAAGGAGAUUUUUUUCAUGAACUUGUGAUAAAGAAGCAUAUGUAAUGGGCUCAUUGUGAUGGUAGCUGCACAUAACAGGAUGUGUAAGGAAUACUACAAUCUCCUAACUAAUUUUUAUAUAUAUAUAUAUAAUAUAUAUAUAAAAUAUAUGAAAAUAAAAAGAUGUAACACUUCUUACUCUCAUUAGGGCUAUUCAAAGAUGACACUCUUGGAGGCUUAAAAUUAUGUUAAA